AUGGAUGGCAAAUUAGUCAUAAGCAAACCUGGACCUGCAGGAAGUGGCAGUGAAUCUGUGGAGAAGAAAGAGGCGGUUAGACUGGCCAGAUGUCUUACUGGUUUUGUAGGGGCGCCGCGUGCUGAGCCUCCGACUAUCCCAGUCAAAUUCUUCAAAACUGCCCUGGAAAGUCAGAAAACUGCAGAACGUGACGAGACUUUCCUCGAGAAACCAACCAAUGCCUUUCUAUACAUCCGAAGGUUAACUGAAGGAUGGAGUCACGUGACCGACGCCAUUUGUGGGAACCAAGAUGAACAUGAUGUCGAGGCAAAAGUAUUUUGUUUAACCUUCACCUCUGUGGUUGGGCGAAGCAGCAUAUGGCCUUCUGCUUAUGACCUCCAAGGUGCAGCUCAAGCAAUCAUCCGACUGGUGGAAUUCUACAAGCUUGAUUUUGAAGGCCUUGCAAAUGGGACAAUGCACACAGUCCAGGUGGCGCCACUGGCCAUCAGUGAUUUCGUGUACAUCGCCGAGGCCGCUCUUGACGAUGACCAGGAUUACUUAGCCUUGGUUUGGAUAUCCAACAUCUUGAGGCUUCUGAAGAAAAUGUCGCCUGAAGAUCAAGAUACGAAGAUGCGGCUACAGCGGAAGUUAGCAGCUUUAUAUUACAAGCACAAGUCGUUUUCCAUGGCAGCAAGUAUCAUUGGGGAUGCACUUAAAGAGAAUCCAAACCACGAGGGUGCGAGACGAGACCUGCAGAUGUUCAAAGCGAGGCUGAAUUCUGGAGACGAACUUGGAGAAAUUCCUCGAUCACACUUCUUAGAACAACUCGUUGAAGAUAUGGCAACGUUCAGAAACCUUUGCCGAGGGAAUGUGAAGUCUCCCCUAGCGGCCUCCAGAUUACACUGCGAAUACCGACAGACGAGAAUACCUCUGAUUCCCUCCAAAGUCGAAUACAUGAACCUCGUGCCACCCGUGAUUCUUAUCCACGAAAUAGCCACGGAAAUGGACAUAGAGCACAUGAAAAACUUGGCAAAGUUCAAGUUACAUCAAUCUGUUAUUGGAGAAAGUAUGGUGACGUCUCCACUGAGGAUUAGUCAAACGGCGUGGCUGGGAGAAUGGAAUGAUGCCUUAUUGCGCAUGUCUCGGAAGGUGGAGUUACACACAGGGCUCAGCGCCCUUUAUACGGAAGACAAUUCCCAUGCUGAGCCUUGGCAGAAGGAAAUACGCGAUUUGGGUGGUGAGUCGGUGUUUACAGCUGUGGCUAACUCUGGUGACAGGGUAGCCACAUUUCUGCUUUACUUAAACGACGUGACGUUAGGGGGAGCCACUGUGUUCCCUAAGCUGAAAACGAGGAUACCUGUUGUCAAGUUGCAAAUAAAUGGAUGCGUGAAAUCGGACAAACAUUUCGAAGGCCUUGCGCUACUAACAAGAACAUUUGACCGAGUAUCCCAGUUAAGGAAGUGGUGA